AUGAAGUUACCUAUAUAUUACAUCUCCGUAUGGUUUAUUUCACUACUAUCAUCACUUAUUUCAGCUGAAUCAGUUGAUACAUCAAUUGCAUCACCAGAGAUCCAUCAGGAUGGAUACUGUGCGAUGUACUCUGACUGUGGUAAAAGAACUGUAUUUGGUGGAGCAUUACCUUGUCCCUCAUAUGAAAAAGCAACCAAACCAAAUCAGAACUCAAUCGAUUUAUUGCAGAAGUUAUGUGGCGCUGAGUUUGAUACUUCCGCUGUAUGUUGUUCCGAGAGUCAAUUAGCCAAUAUGGAAAAUUCAUUAAAGAGAGUUGAUCCUAUCAUAAGUUCUUGUCCUGCUUGUCAUAAGAACUUUUAUGACUUCUUUUGCAAGUUCACUUGCUCUCCAAAUCAAUCAACAUUUGUUAAUAUAACUCAAACAGGAAAAUCAAUUGAUACCAAUCAAGAUAUAGUUACUGAGUUGACUCAGUAUGUUGAUCCAAAAACUGCUGAAGCUUUCUUCAAUUCUUGUAAAAACGUUAAAUUUUCAGCCACAAAUGGUUACGCCAUGGAUUUAAUUGGAGGAGGUGCUAAAGAUUAUAAACAAUUUUUAAAAUUCUUAGGUGACGAAAAACCAUUCUUAGGUGGAUCACCAUUUCAAAUUAAUUUCAGUUAUAAUUUAACUCAAGAUGAUAUUGAAUCAAAUAUUGAAUUAAGAUCAGAUUCAAUGAAACCGUGUAAUGAUGAAUCCUAUAAAUGUGCUUGUACAGAUUGUGAAAGUUCUUGUCCUAAAUUACCUCACUUCACCGACUUUAACAACAAAUGUAAAGUAGGAGUGUUACCUUGCUUUUCGUUUUCAAUUUUGAUAAUUUGGAUUUCGUUGAUCUUACUAUUGGGAGGUUAUCAUGUCUAUGUUUUCAAAUUCAAAGAUAAUAAUACUGACUUGAAUAUCGGUGAAGAUGAUUUUGAUGUUGAAAUCAGCCCUUUGUCAUAUGUGAGACUAAAGAACAGGUUCAGUACAUUUCAUAAUUAUCAUUUAAAUUUGAUUGAUAAAAUUGAAAAUAGUUUUGCCUCAAUCGGUAACUUCUGUGCUUCGUUCCCAGGUGUUGUUAUAGGUUCAACUAUAGUCAUAACUUCAUUAUUAUCCUUGGGAUUAUAUUGGUUGGAAUUUGAAACUAACCCAGUUAAUCUUUGGGUCAGUCCCAAUGAACCAGCACUUCAAAAUUUACACUACUUUGAAUCAAGUUUCGGUGAAUGGUUUAGAAUUGAACAAAUUAUAAUUAGCAAUAAAAACACUUCGGAACCAAUUUUAAAUUGGGAUAAUAUUCAAUGGUGGUUUGAAAAAGAAUUGGAAUUACAGUAUAUUAAUAAUCAAACUUCAUUAGAUGAUAUUUGUUUUAAACCACUUGAUACAACUUGUGGAAUUCAAUCAUUCACUCAAUACUUUUAUGGUAAUAUUAAUAAUUUACAUGAAGAUAAUUGGCAAAAUCAAUUAAAAAGUUGUACCGACUCUCCAGUUAAUUGUUUACCAACAUUCCAACAACCAUUACAAAGAAAUGUUUUAUUUGAUAGAGAUGAUAUAUUUGAUGCAAGAGCUUUUACAGUUACUUUAUUGAUUAAUAGUAACCUGACUAACGCUAAUUUCACCAACCAAACAGUUGAAUACGAACAUCUGUUCCAACAAUGGGCAAGAAAUUUAUCAUUAGAAAAUCCUCAAUUAAACAUUGCCUACAGUACAGAAAUCUCAUUAACAGAAGAAUUAAACAAAUCAACUAAUACAGAUAUCAAAAUUAUAGUAAUUUCCUAUUUGGUUAUGUUUGUUUACGCUUCAUUAGCUUUAGGAGGAAAGUUACCAACCACAACCAUAAGAAGUCUUGUUAAAACAAGAUUCCUGUUGGGUCUUAUAGGUAUUUUAAUAAUAUUGUUAUCGGUAUUAUCAUCAAUAGGUUUAUUCGCGAUAAUUGGAUUGAAGUCAACUUUAAUUAUUGCUGAAGUUAUCCCAUUUUUAGUUUUGGCAGUCGGAAUUGAUAACAUCUUUUUAAUUGUUCAUGAAUUACAUUUAGUCAGUGAUGUGUAUCCAAAUGCUGCCAUUGAAAGAAGAAUAUCUCAAGCUUUAAAGAAUAUUGGUCCUUCUUGUUUAAUUAGUGCAGUCUUACAAGUUGCUAUGUUUUUAUUAGCCACUAGAGUUGAUAUGCCAGCAGUUAAGAAUUUUGCAUUUUAUAGUGCUGGUGCUGUAUUUUUUAACUUUAUAUUGCAGAUGACUUGCUUUGUUUCAAUAUUAUCAUUAGAUCAGAAGAGAUUAGAAGAUAAUAGAAUCGAUUGUAUACCUUGUAUUCAAGUUGAACAUCCAUCUGUUGCAUUAACUGAUGAUAUUGAUGAUGACCUUGACUUACCAAAUGGAAAUGAAGAUGAAUCUGAACAUUAUGAAUAUAAUUUUUCACAUCUUAUAGGUAAGUAUUAUGCACCAUUUAUAUUCUCGAAGACCAAUAAACCUAAGAUUUUAACAUUCUUUGUUAUUUGGUUGGGUAUUUCAUUAGCAUUAUUACCAAAUAUUGAAUUUGGAUUGGAUCAAAGAAUUGCCAUUCCUCAUGAUUCAUAUCUUAUCAAUUAUUUUGAUUCAGUUUAUGAAUAUUUAAACGUUGGUCCACCCGUAUUCUUUGUUGUUAAGGAUUUAGAUGUUACUGAUCGCGAUAAUCAAAAGAAACUUUGUGGUAAAUUUUCAGGUUGUGAUGAAUAUUCAUUAUCUAAUAUUUUAGAACAAGAAUUCAAACGUAGUUCCAAAUCAACUAUUUCAGAACCAACUUCAAAUUGGUUAGAUGACUUUUUAACAUGGUUAAAUCCAGAUUUGGAUUUAUGUUGUCGUAUGAAAAAGACUACCGAAAAUAAAUCUCCAUUGGAAAGAGAAUUUUGUUUACCACGUUCCCCAACUCGUCAAUGUGAAAGUUGUUUUGAACGUCAUGAUCCACCUUAUGAUUCCUUUAUGAAUGGUUUCCCUACUGACGAAGAAUUUAUGUUUUUCUUCAACAAUUGGAUCGAACAACCAAGUGAUCCAUGUCCAUUAGGUGGUAAAGCACCUUAUUCAACCAGUAUUUUACAUACAAAUGAAACUAUUGAUGCUAGUUAUUUCAGAACUGGACAUCAUCCAUUAAGAUCUCAAGAUGAUUUUAUAAAUGCUUAUAAGAAUUCAAAUCGUAUUAUCAAUGAAAUCAAAAAAUACCAACCAUCAUUGGAUAUGUUUGCCUUUUCACCAUUUUAUAUCUUCUUUGUCCAAUAUGAAAGUAUUGUUGCAAGUACAUUUACGUUAUUGGGUAUUGCUUUAGCUGUGAUUUGGCUUAUAAGUUCAUUAUUAUUGGGAUCAAUCAGAACUGCCACUGUUAUGGUUGUAGUUGUGAUUUCAAUAUUAGUAAAUAUAGGGGGUGUAUUAUCCAUAUGGUCUAUUUCAUUGAAUGCGGUAUCAUUAGUCAAUUUAAUCAUUUGUGCUGGUAUUGCUGUUGAAUUCACUAUUCAUAUAAGUAGAGCUUAUACGAAGACUCGAAAUGCUGAUGAUUUGAAAUCCAAUUUUAAAUUAUUGAAGAGUUAUAAUGCAUUAUGUUCAGUUGGAGGUCCAGUAUUGGGUGGUAUUACAUUAACUAAGAUUAUUGGUAUAUCAGUAUUAGCAUUCACUAGAUCUAAAAUUUUUGAAGUUUAUUAUUUUAGAAUGUGGAUUGCGUUAGUAUUUAUUGCAGCCAUUCAUGGGUUAUGUUUAUUGCCGAUCUUAUUAAGUUAUUUUGGGGAUGAUCAUAAGUCUACUAUAUCAUUUAUUGAUGAUCUACAAAUCAGUGAUUCUGUAAACGAAGGUGGUGAAGAUAUUAGCCACUUAAGAAGAUAUCUUGACGAGUAG